AAGAUGGUGAAGGCAAAUAUCCUAUAUUUUUCUUCCAUUUUUGUUUUUCAACUAUUCAAAGUGCAAUUCAUAUUUUCGCAAGAAAUUUAUGAGGACAUAAGUAACUUCGAGGGACCAUUUACAGAAAAUUUGAAAAACACUGUGUGUAGAGAAAGUGUAAAAACAUGUGGCAUUCGAUUACAUCUAUACCAAAUUAUGCAUCAAUUAACUACGGAAAGACUAUUUGAGCUACAAAAAGCUGGAUUAAAGAAUGAAAGCACGGUUAGUUUGUUCAGAGACAGGUCUCGAGCAUGUCAACUUCGACUUAAAAAAAUGGAAAUGAAUGUUUCGGAGUCACUAAGUUCGAUUGAUUCUUUACGGAAAUUAUAUUUGAAUACAGAUCUUGAACUACAGGAACUCCAAAAUAAAAUGGAUAAAGAGAGCAACAAAGUUCUUACAGUGAAUGAAUCCUUAUCUAUUUGUGAAAAAGAGUUUGAUGAAUGUACAUUUAGCCUUGCUAACACAAUAUCUAUUUUAACAACAACAAAUGAAACACUUCGUCGAACAAUCAAAAAAUUGGAACAAACGUCACUUGAACUUAACGACGAGAGAGCAAAAGUAGAUGCAAUUAACAACAGUUUAAAACAAUGUAACGAAGUCCGAAGAGAUGUAGACGCUAAUUUGACAAGAUUUUCUGAGGCCCUUGGAAAAAUGGAGAAGACAAUAUUCAUUCUUGAGAAUGAGAGCUUGUUAUGUAAUUUGACAUUAGAUGGCACCUCAUCAAACCUGACCGAUACAUCGCGUAUGCUACAAUCCUCUGAAAAGGCUAAACAAAAAUGUUUGAAUCUUCUUGAAAUUCAAAAUAAAACAAACAUAGAAAAUGUCCAAACGAUUUUAUCCAUGAAUGAUUCCUUGUUAAACUGUGAACGUAGUCUUGAGAUCUCUAGAGAGAACUUUUCUGAAUCAAUGCUAAAUAUGUCAUCAAAUGAAUUCAAGCUUCUUGAAACAAUAAAGUUUCAGCUCAAUGAAACAUUAAAAUUGAAAAACCAGAUAUUUGGAAUGGAGGCGAUGAAUGAAAGUUUGCAAAAUUGCGAUUUAAACUUACAGAAUGCUUUGAAAAACUUGUCUGAAUAUAACUUUAUAAUUUCUACAAUGAAAACAAACUGGUCAGAUGCUAUAUCUGAAUGUUCAAACGAUUCACGAAUAUUAAAGAAAAAAUUACAGAACUGUGAAACAUCGCUUGAAUUGGCCAAGAAAGAAUUCUCUGAACUUGAAAGCCAAGUACAACGGACCAACGUUUCUUUCACAGAGACACUUAGUUUGCUACAAAAUAAAUCAGAUGAAUUAGAAAAUGAUCUAUCAGAAUAUCAAUCUACACUUGAGAAAAUGAAAAGUGUGCCGAAAAGAAUUCUCUCCUGGACUGUGGAUGACCUCUGUAGAAACAUUCCUAAUUUUGUUUUCGAGGACUCGGAUCUUUGUCCCUUUUUCUACGACUGCAGCCAAACUGGUUCUUAUCUUCAACAAUGUCCAUAUCCUCAAUUAUUUUCUGACAACAACUACAGAUGUGAAGAUUCCAGCACCGUUAGGUGUGGCUCAAGGAUUAAAACCUACGGAUAUACAUGCGAUUUCGAAAGUCUUCCUGAGUCCAAUUGCUUCCUGGUCGAUUCUGAUUCUGGCACAUUUAGAUGGACGAGGCAUUCGGGAUCUACGUCUUCUAGUGAUACUGGACCGAAUUCAGCGUAUCGUGGUUUGUAUUAUGCAUAUAUCGAAACUUCCAGUCCACGACAACUGGGGGAUAACGCAAUACUGGAAAGCAACCGAACAUUUCAAGACACAACUUACUGCCUAAGUCUUUAUUAUCAUAUGCGUGGAUCUCAUAUUGGAAGCCUUAUAAUUAAAACAGAAAACAGUUCAAAUAAACAAACUGUCUUAAGACAAAUAUCUGGUGAACAAGGAAAUAGAUGGCAGAGGAUGGACAGUCUUGAUAUACCUUUGAAUAAAGAAACCAAGGUUUUAAUCGAAGCCACAAGAGGGAGCAGCUAUGAGGGGGAUAUUUCCAUCGAUCUUAUUACCCUUUGGCCUAAGAAGUGUCUCACAUAGAAAAAAAAAAUUAAAAGACAUGGUGGUUAGUUGGUAACAAUAAGGAGUAAUUGCUAAUCUUAUAAAAAUGAAAUCAAUUUAUUGACACAAAUAUUCAUGUUAUUGUGUGUUUUAUGUAAGUUUGUAAAUAUGAAUGUGUUUUAUCAUUUAUGAAAAUAUAGUAAAAAUGCGCUUGUAAGCAUAUA